UUGAGAGAGAGAGAGAGUGAAGCAUCAAUCGUCUUCCUUUAUAAACCCUAGAUUCCACCAUUAGGGUUAGUGAUUCUGUGAACCUUUAGAGAGAGCGAUGGCGACUACAGGAAACGCAUCGGCUGCGACGGGAACGACGACGGCGAAGAGAAAACCAGUGUUUGUGAAAGUGGAACAGCUAAAGCCUGGAACGACUGGUCACACUUUGACUGUUAAGGUCGUUGACGCCAAUCCGGUGGUUCCGGUUACCCGGAAGGCUCGUCCGGGUGCUUCCAUGGGGCGUCCGUCUCAGCCCAGUCGAAUCGCUGAGUGUCUCAUUGGAGAUGAAACCGGAUGUAUUCUCUUCACUGCUCGUAACGACCAAGUUGAUCUUAUGAAGCCUGGGGAAACAAUGAUACUGCGGAAUUCGAGGAUAGACAUGUACAAGGGUACAAUGAGGCUAGGGGUUGACAAAUGGGGACGCAUCGAAGCAACUGAGCCAGCGUCUUUCACAGUCAAAGAGGAUAACAAUCUGUCUCUGGUUGAAUACGAGCUGAUUAACGUUAAAGAUCAGUGAUCUUUUUAGUGUGUUUAUUGAAAGUUAACCCCUGAGAGUGUUGUGUUUUGGUUCUGAUUCUUCUGUGGUGAAUGUCUUUGAUUUAGAUGAUGAAGAUUUGUGAGUGGUUCUUGUAGGAUUUCCUUUUACCCUAAAACAUGAAACAUGAGUAUUAAUGCAAUUGCUCCUUUUAAUCUUAUUAAUCUA